CGCGUUUUGUAAGCCUGGCGGCGGCGGGGACAGCGGCACCGGCUUGUGGUGACUGGCGGUCGGGUUCCCUGAUAUGAGCAACCAUGGACCAGAAAAUUUUAUCUCUGGCAACCAGUAAAACAGCAGAUAAACUGCAGGAGUUUCUUAAAACCCUGAGAGAGGAUGAGUUGACUAAUCUCCUUCAGAAUCAAGCAGUGACAGGCAAAGCUGCUGGAGCCCUGGUGAGAGCCAUCUUCAAAGGCUCUCCCUGCUCUGAGGAGGAUGGCGCCCUUAGGAGACGGAAGAUUUAUACUUACUGUAUCCAGUUGGUCGAAUCAGGAGAUUUACCGAAACAAGUAGCAUCUGAGCUCAUAGGAUCCCUAAUGCUGGAGGCGCACCAUUUUCCAGGACCAUUACUGGUUGAAUUAGCCAAUGAGUAUGUUGGCAUGAUCAAAGACGGCAGUCUAGUGAAUGGAAAGUCCUUGGAGUUGUUGCCUAUCAUUUUGGUGGCAUUGUCUACCAAAAAGGAAAAUCUGACUCACGGGACAGGCGAAUUGAGUGGGGAAGAAUGUAAGAAGCAGUUGAUUAACACUCUCUGUUCUGGCAGAUGGGAUCAACAGUAUGUAAUCCAGCUCACCUCAAUGUUCAAGGACAUCCCUCUGACUGCGGAAGAGGUAGAGUUUGUGGUGGACAAAGUGUUGAAGAUGCUGUCCAUGUUGAAUCUUCAAGAAAUACCACCUUUGGUCUAUCAGCUUCUAGUUCUCUCCUCGAAGGGAAGCAGAAAGACUGUUCUAGAAGGAAUCGUGUCGUUCUUCCGCGAUCUGGAUAAGCAGCACAGUGAGGAUCAAAGUGGUGAUGAGCUGCUGGAUCUUGUUACCGUGCCGUCAGGUGAGCUUCGCCACGUGGAAGGCACCAUUAUCCUCCACAUUGUGUUUGCCAUCAAGUUGGACUCUGAGCUAGGCAGAGAACUUCUGAAACAAGCAAAGGCAGGACAGCAAGGAGAUCCCAGUAAAUACUUGUGUCCUUUCAGUGUGGCUCUUCUUCUCUCUGUAACAGGAAUACAGCGCUUUGAGGAACAGGUGUUUGAUCUUUUAAAGACUUUGAUCAUGAGAAACUUUAAGGAUCUACAGCUCCUCCAAAGUUCAAAAUUCCUUCAGAACCUUGCUCCUCAAAGAACUUGCAUUUCAACUAUGAUCUUGGAAGUGGUAAAGAAUAGUGUUCAUAGUUGGGAUCAUGUGACUCAGGGCCUGGUAAAACUUGGUUUUAUUUUAAUGGAUUCAUGUGGCCCAAAGAAGCUAGUUGAUGGAAAAGCUGUUGAGACCAGCUCCAGUCUUUCUAAAACACCAAGCCAGCAUGCCUGUGAGCUGGGUGCCAGUAUCCUGCUGGAGACGUUCAAGGUCCACGAGGUAAUCAGACAAGAAAUUCUGGAGCAAGUUUUCAACAGAGUCAUUACCAGAGCCUCCUCUCCCAUCAGUCAUUUCUUAGAUUUGCUCUCAGAUAUCAUCCUGUAUGCACCCUUAGUUCUUCAGAAUUGUUCUUCUAAAGUCACAGAGACAUUUGACUAUCUGUCCUUCCUGCCGCUGCAGACGGUCCAAGGACUACUUAAGGCAGUGCAGCCGCUUCUCAAAGUCAGCAUGGCAGUGAGAGACUCCCUCAUCCUCGUUCUUCGGAAAGCCAUGUUUGCCAGCCAGCUUGAUGCCCGGAAGUCUGCAGUGGCGGGGUUUUUGUUGCUGCUGAAGAACUUUAAGGUUUUGGGCAGCCUGGCCUCCUCGCAGUGCAGCCAGUCUAUCGGCGCCAGCCAGGUUCGUGUGGAUGUCCACAGCCGCUACAAUUCUGUUGCCAAUGAAACUUUUUGCCUUGAGAUCAUGGACAGUUUGCGGCGCUGCUUAGGACAACAGGCCGACGUCCGCCUCAUGCUCUAUGAGGGCUUCUGUGACGUGCUUCGAAGGAACUCUCAGUUGGCGAGCUCCAUCAUGCAGUCGCUUCUCUCACAGUUAAAACAGUACUACGAGCCAAAACCUGAUGUGCUGCCGCCUCUGAAAGUGGAAGCUUGUGUUCUGAUGCAAGGGAAUCAGAUCUCUCUGCAAGAACCACUGGACCACCUGUUGUGCUGCACUCAGCACUGUCUGUCCUGGUACAAGAGUACAGUGCUGCCCCUGCAACGAGACGUGGAUGAGGAGGAAGAGGGUGUCUACCACGAGCUAGAUGACAUGCUGGAGUCCAUUACCAGUAGGAUGGUUAAGAGUGAGCUAGAAGACUUUGAACUGGAUAAAUCAGCAGAUUUUUCUCAGAGCACUGAUACCGGCAUCAAGAAUCACAUGUGCGCGCACCUCGUGAUGGGCAUCUGCGAAGUUCUGAUAGAAUAUAAUUUCUACACAAGCAAUUUCAGUAAGAAUAAGUUUGAGGAGAUUCUGAGUUUAUUUAUGUGUUACAAGAAGCUCUCUGACAUCGUUAAUGAAAAAACCAGUAAAGGCAAAAGCAAAAUGGCUAACAAGACACAUGAGAGUUUUUUGUCUAUGAAAUUUGUGUCUGAUCUUCUCACUGCACUUUUCAGGGACAGCACCCAAAGCCAUGAGGAGAGCCUGUCGGUCCUCAGGUGCAGCACUGAGUUCAUGCGCUACGCAGUGAGUGUGGCUCUGUACAAGGCACAGCAGCUCAAGGAGACAGGGCACGUGGGUGGCCCCGACAGCCACAAUCCCAGCAAGAUCUUCCAAAGCCUCUGCGACAUCACACGGGUCCUGUUGUGGAGAUACACUUCCAUCCCCACGGCUGUGGAAGAGUCGGGGAAGAAGGAGCGGGGGAAGAGCAUCUCACUGAUGUGUCUGGAGGGCCUGGAGAAGAUCCUCUGCGCUGUGCGCCAGUUCUUCCAGCCCAGGGUGCAGCAGUUCCUCAGAGCUCUGGAUAACGAAGAGGACGGCGUGGACGUCCCCAUCACUCAGCGGGCUGCCUUCCAGAUCCGACAGUUCCAGCGGUCCCUGUUGAACCUACUCAGCAGCAGAGAGGAGGAUUUUAAUAGCAAAGAAGCCCAGCUGCUGGUCACCGUCCUCGCCAGUUUGUCCAAGCUGCUGGAACCUUCUUCUCCUCAGUUUUUGCAGAUGUUAAAUUGGACGUGUAAGAUUUGCAAGGAAAACAGCAGGGAGGACGCUCCAUUUUGCAAGAGCUUGAUGAACCUGCUCUUCAGCCUGCACGUGCUAUACAAGAGCCCCGUCACGCUGCUGCGGGACUUGUCUCAGGACAUCCAUGGGCAGCUGGGAGACAUAGACGAGGACUGUGAAGUGGAGAAAAGUGACCACUUUGCAAUAGUGAAUUUGAAGACGGCUGCUCCCACUGCGUGCUUGCUUGUCCUGAGUCAGGCUGAGAAGGUCCUAGAAGAAGUGGACUGGUUGAUCACCAACCUUAAAGGACUACCAAGCCAGGAAACCCUGUCAGAGGAAGCCUCUUCUCAGGCAGCCCCACCAAGUUACGCCGCUGAGAAAGGCAUCGUCAUGCAGCUGGGUACGCUGCUCACGUGUUUCCACGAGCUCGCACAGACGGCCCUGCCAUCGGGCAGCUGCGUGGACACCCUGCUGAAGGGUCUGUGCAAGAUGUAUACCACACUCACUGCCCUCGUCCGAUACUAUCUCCAGGUGUGCCGGAGCUCGGGAGGAAUUCCCAAGAUUAUGGAAAAGCUGGUGAAGCUGUCCGGCUCACACCUCACCCCGCUGUGCUAUACUUUGAUUUCCUACGUGCAGAAUAAGAGCAAUAGUGGGAAAUGCACAGAUGAGAAGAAAGAGAAAACGGCUGCCAUGGCCAGAGUUCUUCGGGAAACCAAGCCCAUCCCUAAUCUUGUCUUUGCCAUCGAGCAGUAUGAGAAGUUUCUCAUCCACCUUUCUAAGAAGACCAAGGUGAACCUCAUGCAGCACAUGAAGCUCAGCACCUCCCGCGACUUCAAGAUCAAAGGCGACGUCCUGGACACGAUUCUCCGAGAGGACGUGGAGGAUGGAAGUGAAGAGGUCGCUGCACCACAGCACAGGGGACAGGACGAAGAACCGGCCAAGAAGAAAAGGAAAAAGUGAAACGCCUGAGUUAGUGUGAACUUUG